AUGCAGAGUCUUGCUAUAAAACGCCCUAGGGAGGAAGAAAAGGGAGACGAAGCCUCAGAGGACGAGCUGGCGUUAAGGAGAAAAAGGGUUAAACCCUUAUGCCUCCGACCUUUAUCCCAACCAACUCAACCCCAGGGCUUCGCAGCCUUACCUCUUACUCCCACGACAACAGAAGACCAAUGGAAUGAUAGUGACACAGCUGAGAUUUUGGAUCGCCAGACGAUACAUACCCAUUCUCUUCUCUCCUCAGGUAGCCAUAUACAUAUUGAGACUGAUACCGACAUGAACAUGAUCGACUGCGCAUCUACGGAAUCCUCCACUCUGCCUGAAUGGCCUACCACUUGCCAUGGCCAUGGAGACAGGAGGUGUAAUCUUAGCACUUGCCUCAAUUCUACAGACACAAGUUUAGUGGCUUCCCAAGCUUGCAAUAAGUCUUCGUCUGUCAACGCACCCGCGGUCUCCUCAUCCAUUAAUAACAUACACCCUCCGGCAUCUGCUAUCACGCAUCGCGAAGCCUCCCGCCCUCCCAGUCCCAUAAGUGAAUUUCAAGCUGAGACGAAGAAAUACACCGGCAACCCUAUGUUACAUCCCUUCCAACAUUGCUCCCAUCUUGAUGAUGUGAGGAUACCCUCAAAUAUAUCUCUGCUCAAUUCUGUAUCUUCGAAAUUCACCAACAAAUUCGGCGGACUACAAGAAGAUACUUCAACCUUACUCCCUCCUACAAACCCAGAAGCUGGCGCUUUUCAGAAAUGCUCCGAUCUCGCAGCCAACCAUACUGCGACGUCAAUGGCAAGGCCGCCUAAGAAAGCUACUAUAGCUAUGGGGUUCCGAGCUGACUGCGACAAAUGCCAGCGCAGAGAACCUGGCCACUAUAGUCACAUAGUCUAUUCCUAG